AUGUCUCAGCAAACACCCGACUUUGCGCAGGACUUUGACGCAGGCAUCAAGGCAGCGUUCGACUCGCUGGCCAAGGCCACAAAGGCAGCGCGGCGACUGCCAGACGACGUGGACUUCCACCGCGCGCUGGACGAACAGCUGGACGCAAAAAUUGCCAAUAUCUCGCAGCGCACACUCAGCCUGGCGAAUGCGCUCUGGGCGCCCACUGGCAGCUCCCGGAUCCAGAACAUCGAGGACAUCGCAGUCAAGGGCGAGAAGGGGUGGGAGAUGGGACCGGGGUUCCGCUCGGUGGUGGACACAGUCGACACACUGUUGGAGAAGAUCGAUGUGGGGCUAGAUGAGGUUCUGCGGACGCCCGCGCACGGGUUCCGCAGUUCGGUAGGAGCGCAGAGCACGCCGAUGAUUGCAGCGGUGGCGACAUCGGAUCGGCGGCGGACGGAGGUGGAUGUGGUGCAUGCGCGCAAUGUGCCACGGCCACAGAUCAACUUUGCCGACAAGCCCGACAACUCGGCCAGCACGCCGUUUGUGUGGAAAAUCCGCUCCAAGCCGCAUGCACGCGUCCCGCUGGACUAUGGAUUGCCCGGAGCCGAUGUGGUCGGGACGCCGCUGGGGUCGCACCUGGAGGCCAUGGGUAUCUCGCGACCGACGUCUCCGGGAGAGUCGGCAGCAGCGACACCCAAGGUGGCCAUGAAUGUCGCGCUCAAUGCGGAGGAGCUGGCCAGAGCCAUGAGCACAGCCGAAGAGAAUGCAGUGGCCUUGCCGCACCCGUACGAGUACGAGAUCUCCCAUAUCAACUACCCGCGCCAGCUGUUCGAGCAGCAGGAGGCGCAGGAGCCGCGUAGCUGGGAUGAGACGCCGUUUGUGUUUGUCGAUACGCCGCAGCAGCUGGUGGAGAUGGUCGAGCACUUGAAGACGGCGGGGGAGAUCGCUAUUGAUCUGGAGCACCAUAGCUACCGGUCGUUCCAAGGGAUCAGCUCGCGUUCCCGCGACUACGUGGUGGAUGCGAUUGCACUGCGCAGUGAGCUGCAGAUCCUCAACGAGGUCACGACGGACCCAACCAAAGUCAAGGUGUUCCACGGAGCCGCCAGCGACAUCCUGUGGCUGCAGCGCGACUUUGGCGUGUACAUUGUGGGUUUGUUCGACACGUACCAUGCGUCCAAGAUGCUGGCCAUGCCCGAGCACUCGCUCAAGUACCUGCUGGCCACGUACUGCGACUUCCAUGCCGACAAAAAGUACCAGAUGGCCGACUGGCGCAUCCGCCCGCUGUCCAAGGAGAUGAUGCACUAUGCGCGCGCCGAUACCCACUUCCUCCUGUACGUUUUCGACCGCAUGCGCGACGCGCUGCUUGAGCGCGGCAGCGAAUCGCUGGGCCAUGAGAUUGCCAAUCCAUAUGUGCGCCAGUCCGAGAAGAACUCUGGCACAAUCCUGAUCUCCGAGCCCACACAGCUGAUGAGUGUGGCGCUGGAGAAGUCGGCUGAGACUUCGCUGCGCGUGUACCAGAAGGACGGGUACGAUGCCGAGUACGGGCUGGGUGCGGGCGGCUGGGCCAAUUUGCUGCGCAAGUGGAAGCACCCGUUCGACACGGUGCAGCUGGCAGUGUUCCGCGUGCUGCACCAAUGGCGCGACGCCAAGGCACGUGAAGAGGACGAAUCGACCGGCUACGUCCUGCCCAACCACAUGCUGUACGCCAUCUCCAACGCCAUGCCCGAGGACGUGCCGUCACUGCUGGCCACAUGCACCCCGGCGCCGACGCUUGUCCGCCUGGAGGGUGCCGAGAUCGUCCGGCUCAUCGUCCAGGCCAAGCGCACCACCGAGGCUCGGCUUGGUGACAUGCAUGAGCUGAUCAAGCAGGCCGAAGAGGAGGCCGUUGGCGUGCGUCCUGCGCACACGCGGUUCGAGGACCACGAUGCCGACGCGGAUGGCGACCAGACUAUGGACCAAGUGCCCAGGGUCGAGGACGACGUGCUCAGUGGGCGAAUUGCUGGCAAGCAUCGGCGAUAUGGUGGCUGCCGAGUCCGCGCUGUUCGGCGCUUCGGUCAUGCCUGGCAUGGCCAAGGCGGGGCUACCGGUCACGCCGGAGGCUGCCAGGGCCCAGGAGAUCCGCUCCACGCUGCCAAGACAUGGAUGUCGACGAGGAGCCCGCUGUGGAGGAGAUUCGCCAAGCCUAAGCCGCAGCCCACUGGCCCGGUGGUGCUCUCCGAGACCGCCGACAAAACCGCCCUGGAUCUGCCAACCAUCGCCCUGGGCGACAUCGACGACAGCGACGACAGCGAUAAGGAUUCUGCACCAGUCGCCAAGCGUCCCCGCAAGAGCCGCUCGCGCAAGCACGUGGACAUGUCCGCAGUCAAGCCAUUCGACUACGACAAGUCAACCGUAAAUGUCGAGGGCGGAUCAAAGAAGGCGAAGAGGAACGCAAAGGCGCGUGACCGCAAGGCCGCGAAGGGCAAGGGCGGCUUUGACCCCUACAGCGAGAUGGCCUUGUCGAGGGAUUUGGCGAAGCGACCGAACAAGACGCGUGUUAACACCAACUCCGGAAACCGCUCCAUGUCGUUCAAAAAGUAA